CCUGAUUUCCUGUGCAUGGCUGUGCUGCGCGCGCAGACGCUGCUCCUGCAGCAGGUAAACAGUAAACAGUGGCUCCGGCUCGUCAUUCUUCGGUCAGAGGCGACGCUCGCGGACCUCUGCUUUCCCCCCAGAGCCCGACUGCGUGUCCACAUGUUCACGGACAAGACAGUGGUGUCCCCGUGGGACCGCUGGUACUCCACCAGCUGCUGCCUGUGCUGCCAUGUCCGCACAGGAACCAUCAUCCUCGGGGUUUGGUACAUGCUCAUCAACGCAGUGGUGUUACUCAUCCUGCUCACCGCGCUCAGCGAUCCUGAGCAGUACCACCUGACCAGCGCUGAGUUGGCUAAUGACCUGGAUGUCAUGGAUGAUGCCAACAUGUGCAUUGCCUCAGCGAUCUCCCUGCUGAUGAUCCUUAUUUGUGGGAUGGCCACAUACGGCGCAUACAAGCUGCGCGCUGCAUGGAUCAUCCCCUUCUUCUGCUACCAAAUCUUUGACUUUGCUCUCAACACGCUGGUGGCUGUCAGCAUCGUGGUUUACCCAAACACAAUCCAGGACUACCUGCAGCAGCUGCCUGACAACUUUCCCUACAAAGAGGAGGUUUCUGCUCUUAGCAGCGUGUGGCUGGUCCUCAUUGUGCUGCUCUUUAUCGGCUGCAUUCUCGGCUUCAAGGCCUACCUGAUCGCAUGUGUGUGGAACUGCUACAGAUAUGUGAGCGGCAGAGGCAGCUCUGAACUCCUGCUCUAUGUCACCACCAACGACACCACGGUGCUGCUACCUCCCUACGACGACAACAUGAGCGUCCCCCCCAAACGGGUUCCGGCGCCCUGCACCUCUGCAACGGCAUAGAAAGGCUCCCGGGAUCCUGCCCUAAAAAAAAAAAAACACUACAAUGAUGUUUGCACCACACUGCCUGUCCAGUUCAGCGUUUCACAGCUGGCCAUGUGACAUUUCCGCUGUGCGUUCACAUCACAAACACACAAGCAUCUGCAGCACACACGGUUGCCAGAUAAGUGUCACGGUUUUCAGCCCCAAGUCAUCUAAAAAUCAACAGACCCCACAAGAACGUCCAAAAAGUAAAUCUGUGAUUAAUUAGCUGUAAUUAUCAGUAAUUAUUCAUCCAUGAUUUAUUAUUUUCCGUUUUGAUUGAAAGCCAAACUUUGAUAAAUCUUUUAAUUAUAUUAAAUUCACUAUUUUUGCAGUCAGUCAGGGCAAAACAUUGAAUAACAGACUCCAAUGGAACUUUAUUAGAAAUCACAGAAGAACAAACGUGAGCUCACAACACCUCUUUUUCCUCAAACUUCAUGUUACGCCCCCUUCUGUGUCUAGGGGUACUUGGAGGCAUAACAUAAAAAGUAAAGCUUUUGGCUAGUAAAUCUGACUGUAACAAAAACACCAAACGAAUGUCUCCAUAAAAUAUAACCAAAUUUAUUGACAAAUAAAUAAACAACCACCAAUAACUAAAAGUGAAGCAAAAAGGCUUCAGGGUGAACCCAGGCCGAAACAGCAAACAAAACCCCACCUAACUGAAAACUUGUUUUCUUACCUGAACAAAGGAAAAGGGAAAACAAAGACAAACACUAACCUCCCUAGACUAACAAAAAUGGUGUGGAGGUCCAUGUGGUGGUUUUAAGGAUGCCUCCUCCAGCCCUGGUCCAAUGGGAGGCCACCCCCUUUCCACCACACCGGAAAAUAAUCAGACAAAAACAGACACACAAAGAUGCACAAAAACACAGAAGUCCCACUCUGAUACAGAAAUACACAAGACACAGAACAAACAGAACCAAACAAAACCAAAACCGGCCACAGCCGUAACACUUCACAAAAGAAAAAGAAGGGAAGGAAAAAACAUAAAUAAUCAAAUACUGGGGGUUCCUGUUUGACUUAGUAUCGCUAUCAGAAGGGGAAAGAGUUUUUAUUCUUUUUAAGAGAGGACGAAUGCAAGCAAAUCUCCUCUUAAAGUAGGGGUUUGAUUUUUAAAAACGUUUUCUUGUGAAUCUAAUAUUUUCCAAGAAUGAAUAAAACACGAGCAACUCCAAAAAGUAUUUGGUAAUUUCCUAAUUGUGCAUAAACAGGAAACAGGAAAGUCUGUGCAAAGCCAACAGGAAAAAUCCUCCUAAAAACGUAUGUAUGUAUGCGUUCAUAAAACAAAUGAUCUAUUGUGUUUUUUUAACAAUAUCUAGUAGUUUUCUUCCCCUAAAUAAAUGAUAGACAAACAUGAAAUACUUUAUCUAUUAAAUGGAAAGUGAUGGCGUGUAAUAAUAAUGUCACAACUAAAUAAAGAUUUUAAUAAAGGAUCAAAAUAAAGGAUCAAACCUUACAGCCUACUCUGUAACUGAACAAGCAAAAUACACAGAUUUGGAUUAUCAAAAGGAAUAAAAUGAUCAGAAUCAAGCAUAUCAAUGUUAUUUAUAGCACAGAUUAGUAGACAUUUAUCAAUUUUAAUCUUAGCCAGCUAUACAUCUCAUGACUGCAGGUGAGGCUCACUUGCCUCCCCUGACCCACUCGUCCCUGUUUGAAUCGUAUUUCAGUAAGAAACCAAAAACUGCCCAGUUGACCCCACAUCUGCUGAAACGUUCCCCCCACGCAAAGCAAUUUUUACGUGCAAAUUCAGAAUCACAAACGCACAAUUGGGUGGGAAACCGUCCGAUCUGGCAACCGUGAGCACACCCGUCACUCACGUUCAGGCUAACUCCAGAAAUGAUGAGCACAGUUAUGCUUUUGAAUCUGGGUCUGGCAAAAGCUCCAUAAAGUUUGUUAGAUGAUAUAUAUUUCUACUGACUGUAAAGCUGAUGGUAUUCUGUGUGUCGUGACCUAUAUGGACUUACUUAUGUUGAGGACAAAUGCAAUAGUGAGGAAGCUGUAAGUGAGAGUCCUAGUGCUGUGUUUUCGUCUCCGCUCUGGAUCAGCGUCGGAUUGCCUUCCUUCAUGACUUUCUCUCUCUGGAGUCCACUUCUGAUGUGCGGAGCGUCAUUUAAAGCCGACGUUUCCUAAAGAGAUGCAUCUGCCUGAAUUCUGACAUGAUCAAAGAGCAACCUAGUGUAUAUCAAACAUAUCUUUUUACUGCUUGUCCUUUAGGAUCCAAAGGAUCAACCCCAGUGUGCUUAGAUGAUGUCCUUUUGUGUUUUUGCUCAAUGAAAGAAAUGUCUCUGGGCCGUUUUUAUCUGUUCUGAGAGGAAGGAAGAAUCCCUGCUGUGGAGUCUGCUCUUAGAAAAACAUUCUGAAUGAGUUUUUCGGAGGAACCUGGAGAACGUCUGUAACCACAGUUGUGUUUUUUCAAUUAUUCGUGAACAUCGCUCAAGUCCAUUCCACCAGAUGCAAGUGAAGCUGCUCCCUGGACAGAACAUGUCCUGGAAAGACUGCAGUCAAACCUGACGACCAUUGCUGCCUGGAAAAUAAAGAUUUAUGUUUUCAAUCAAA